UAUACGCCGACAGACGGCAAACAUUAUCGCUCAGUUUGUGCCGGCCACUCGACGGGUUAACUGCCUAUAUACAACAUAAAUUCAUAAAUUUUAUAUUAUAACUCCGUCGGCAACACCACACCAUCCGAUAUAAUAUCACCAUGACUUACUACACGACAAGGUGCACUCCCACGGUCCGCCCGGCAGCCGAUUUCGACGCCGAAGCCGACGCCACCGUACUUAGGACAGCCAUGAAAGGAUUCGGUACGGACGAGCAGGCCAUCAUCGACGUGCUGGCAAGACGGUCCAACACUCAGAGACAGGAGAUCAAAGAAUCUUUCAAGACACUCUACGGAAAGGAUUUAAUCGACGAUCUGAAGAGCGAACUCGGUGGGAACUUUGAGAACGCCAUUGUCGCUCUGAUGACUCCACUUCCGGAGUUCUACGCCAAGGAGUUGAAAGACGCCAUCAGUGGCGUGGGCACCGACGAAGAGGCCAUUGCCGAAAUUUUGGGCACUCUCAGCAACUUCGGAGUCCGAACCAUUUCCUCUGUCUACGAAAAACAAUACGGAAACUCGUUGGAAGACGAUUUGAAAUCCGACACUUCGGGAUCUUUCCAGAGGUUGUUGGUGUCUUUGUGCUGCGCCAAUCGCGAUGAAGACGUGGAAGUCGAUCGCAGCGCCGCGGUCGCGGACGCCCAGGCUCUAAUUGACGCAGGUGAAGCUCAAUGGGGCACGGACGAGUCGACUUUCAAUUCGAUUUUGGCCACUCGCUCCUAUCCACAGCUGAGAGCCAUUUUCGAAGAGUACGAGAACCUCACUGGCAAUGACAUCGUAGAGACCAUCAAGAACGAAACUUCCGGCGCUCUGGAACACGGCUUUUUGACCAUCGUGAAAAGUGCCAAGAAGAAGAGCGACUACUACGCCGACCAGUUGGAAGCCUCGAUGGCGGGCUUCGGCACCAGCGACCGUCAGCUGAUCAGGAUCAUCGUAGGCAGAUCUGAAAUCGAUUUGGGAGACAUCAAACAGUCCUACGAGACCAUUUACGGUACUCCGUUGGCCGACAGAAUCGCCGGCGACACCUCUGGGGAUUACAAGCGUCUGUUAUUGGCUCUCGUGCUCUAAUAAAGCUUAGAAAUGCAUGAGGAAAGGCACUUCAGUUCUUGCUUUAUACCUGUACCGACUUUUAAUUUCAUAGCGAUUGUGGUUCAGAUUACAAAAAUUUGCUUAUCACACUUGUGUCGCAAUAAUGCUUUUAAAAAGGCUCUUUCAUUCCACCGCCAUUGUGGACGCGCACAGAUUACUCUACUGACUAUAGUACUACUACAACCAACAACUGCAACUACUACUAUACUACGUCCUGAAGUAGAUAUUUCACAAAAUGUGUCUUAAAUUAUUGUCAUUCAAUAUACAUACGUAAUGUAAUAGAUCAAUUUUUUUUUUAAAUUUAUUAAUAAAUGUCCAUUGUUAAAGUUUCGCAUACAGUUGUUAUUAAGAAUUCGAUUUCUUCACCGCAGAGAGAAAGAAUUUACUCACUCGUGGGAUACUAUAUAUUUCACUAUAAUAUUAAUAUGCUUUAUAUUUUAUAUAAACGUACUAACAUAAUUUAUGUACCGUUAUAUUGUUACGAGUGUAUUAUUAUUUAGAUAUAUUUUCCUGAUUAUUAUUAUUAUUAUAUUAUGAAUUAAAUUAAUAUUAUGUAACAUUAUCGCUAAAUAAAUUUUUUUGUUCUUGCGUUAACUAGAA